GCAAGGGAAGCUGGGCCCCCUCCAGCAGCACUGCUGUGGGGUACCUGCCUCCUGCCCAGAGUUGUGCUGUCCUGCAAGAGGACAGAAGGAAAAUGGUGUCUGUCUCCUUUGGCUGCACUGCCUCAGGUAAGUGGGUGCUCUGGAGCUUCCUGCUUCAUGGCUGGAGGUGGAGGGAUGCCUGGGACAGCCUUCCUGGCUGGCACAGAGUGCUGUGCUCAAACCCUUUCUCACCAACAUGAGGUAUCUGAUGUGAAGAGGAGCUCCAGUGGCAACUGCAGUGGGGCAAUUGCAGAGAAAGCUAAGGAAGCACUCAGGGCGUGUCCUGGGAUGUAAAGUCACAGGGGCUGCUGAGAUGGUGGUGGCUGUAUGCCAGGAACAUGGGUGGCAGAGGGCCCGGGCUGUCUGCCCUGCCCUGCCCUGAAGGCUGGCACAUGGCCAGGGACAAGUGCUCAUCCAGCAGCACGAGGUUGCAGAGGUGCCUGGGCUCCUCAGCCUGCAGGAGGUGGCCAAUGCCAGCACAGUGGAGCAGUCUGGAGUGGUGUGACAGCAGUCAAACCCCGUGGCAAGAGAACAGAAGGCCCCAUAAUGGUGACAAGAGCUUGUUCUUCACACACUGGCAGCACCUCCCUGUGAAGGUGAUGAGCAUCAUUGGCCUGGAGGGAAACAGGGUGAGCUGUGACAGCACAUCUGGCUGAGGGGGAGCAGCUCCAGCAUCCUUUGUGGUCCUUGGCACCUGCAGGUUACCAAGAGGACUUAGGUGAACGUCUCCCAUGUGUUGUCCAGCAGCUCUAACUCCCUCCCUCCAUCAGCUGCCUCAGCCACAGGCACUCUCUCAAGCUGUGAAAUAAAUGGUGGAGUUUUUUUGCUGUGCACUAAAGCACCAAGCUGACUCUCCUUGCAGGCUGCCAGGCACUAGGAAAUGCCCCCUAACACCCAGAGUCCCUGUGCUGGGCUGUGUGGUGCCGAGCACAGAGGCUCCUCAGUUCUGUCACUGGGAGGAAUCUCAGUCUCUGGGGCAGUGAGUGGAGUCAAUCACCCCCAGAAAAGCUCAGCACCCCAUGCCAGCUGCCUCCAGGAGAGCAAACCUUUGUGGAGGACAGAUCUCCUCUGGGAAGGAAAGGGGCUCAUCAGGGAGAGGAGUCACUGACACUCCUCUCCUCUUAAAGGUUCAGGGGUGCUGUGGCUGUAACCUGCCUCUGCCAGGAACCUAUUGCAGGCCUGGGCAUGGCACACUGCUCACCACCUUGGUCCUGGUGUUUCCACCUCUGUUUUCUUUCUUAUCAGCUCCUUGUCCCAGCACCCAGGUCAGUCAUCAGUGGUACUGGAGAGCAGCUCCCAGUCAGGCAGACUUGACACAGGAUGUUCUGCAGGGCUGGCAGGAGCUGGGCAGAUGUGUGCCCCACAGGGAGAUCCCUGCUGCCUUUGUCACUGCCCCCUCCUGAGCGGCAGGUUUGCUUUAAAGACCCUGGCUUCCUUUUAUUACUUCCCCUCUCAAAUUUCAACUGCUUGCAAGGGCUAUUUUUAGCAGCCUGCCUUCUAAAAAUAGCCCCGAGCUGUUUGGAGUUGCGUCACAAGAGGUAAUUCUCGCCCCUGAGUGGCUUGGCCUCUGCACCCCAGGAGGCUACAAAAAGAGGCCAGGAGCAGCAGGGUCAGCAGGUUCAGCCACAGCCGCAGGCGAAGGAGGCAGCGGUUCCCUGCCAGCCCCAGGCAUCCCAGCCCCGGCAGCAUGACCAUCUUCUGCAGCCACUGCCACCGGCCACUGCAGGCAGAGAUGAGCUGCCUGCCCGCCAGGGCCAAGCAGGCACCCAGCGCCCCGAGGCCCUUCAGGUCAACCAAGAGCGCUUCCAAGGCUCGCCGAGACCAGAUCAAUGCAGAGCUGCAGGCGCUGCGCUCCCUGCUGCCCAUCUCUGCCCAGGAGAAGGAGCGGCUCUCCUACCUGCACACCAUGGCCCUGGUGUGCCUCCGCCUGCGGGGGGCUCAGCUCUUCCCUCCAGGCUUGGCUCCUCCUACGGGACCCGCCCUUGGCACAGAGCUACUCUCCCUGCUCCCGGGGUUUCUGCUUGUGCUCUCAGCAGACAGCAAGCUGGUCUACAUCUCAGAGAACGUGGCUCAGGUCCUGGGCCUCUCUGUGGUGGAGCUGCUCGCCCAGGGGGACACGGUCUUUGACAUCCUGGAUGGGCGAGUGGGAGAGGAUGUGCACAAGAAGCUCCUCCUUGCCCGGGAGGAGCCUGGCAGGGAAGUCACUUUUGUCAGCGAAAUGCGCACAUCCAAGGCCUUCCGGCUGCAACAUGGGGGCAAUCGGGUGGUGGCAGUGUGCGGGCGCUUUGUGGCCCUGCACUGGCCACCCUCCCCCUCCACCACAGCCUUCCUGGCUCUCUGCACACCCCUUGUGCAGUCACCCACAGAUGGCGAAGCUGCUUCCCAGGAUGACGUGUUCCAGAGCAUGCAUCUCCUGGACAUGACGUUUAUUGAUGUCACGGAGAGUGUCACCUACCACCUCGGCUACCACCGGGAGGAGCUGGUCGGUCAGUCGUGGUACAGCCUCCUGCACCCUGAGGACGCUGAGGUGGCAGCUGCCCAGCACAGGGCCCUGGGUGAGUGUCACACCCAGGAACAUGUGUGCUGUCCCCUGGCUCCAGGGCCUGGUUAUGCCUGAAACGUGGCUAUCCAGGACAGCAGCGACAAAGCAAAUUCAGCCCUCCCUGUUGUGACUCCCUGCUCCAAAAAGGAUGAAGUGGGGAAGUGAUUACACGCCCCAUACACUGUCUAUAAGUAGUUUCCAAGCUGGGGGUGGGCAAUCCUGCUUUGCCACGGUAUAAAAAGGGACAAUCCCACCUGAGCCCCAU